UGUGAAAAUUUCCGAGGGACAGAAUCAAUGACCGUGGGCGAACAUGCAUUUCACGACUUAUUAAUCAGUCGUAAAAAUGAUAUAUAUGUGCCUCCAUCUACCCCUUUCUACUUUCCAGACAUGAAUCGCAAGGACGAGGAUGAUAAAAGCAGGGGAAAAGAUGCUUUAUCUUUAGAAUAUUACAUCAAGUACUUGCUCUUGGCACUCGGAUACGCCCGAAUUUGGCCCACUGAAUCAUUUUCGCCACUUAAAAUAUUGCUCUCAUGGGGAGCGACGAUUGUUUUCAUAUCGGCAAACUUCCUGCUCCUGUUCUCAGAAAUAGUGGUGCUUACGAUGAACAAUGAUCUAAAAUUAUUUGCAAAUAUUAUCGGUGUAAUUAACAUGCACUUCGUGGGCUUGAUGAAAUGGUGUUAUUGUAUAUGGAGAAAUAAAGAAAUCGUCGAUAUCGUGGAGCAAUUAAAAAAAUGCCACGUACUUUGCCAACGGAUCAAUGACAGCAAGAAAGGAUGUCAAAUAUACAAGAAUGAAAUGGAACACGCGCGUAAACAUUCUAAUUUUUUCGUGUGGUGGUGGACGCUCGUUUGCAUUUACGGCGUUCUACAUUGGUGUUCCACUCCGUUGCUCUUAGAAUGGGCACCUGACCAGAUAAACUCGAUUAAUUAUACAUUUAAAACGAGAAAUUUACCAUUUGUCGGAUGGUAUCCGUUAAACACCGACAAUACUUACAAUUAUGUUUGCCUAUAUCUUAUGCAAGUAAUUGGCGGACUAUCUUCUGCGCUUGGAAUUGUUUGCUACGAUACUUUUUACGUCUCUAUGUUGAUGGUCGUUUGCGCGCAAUUUCAAUAUAUCAACACCAUACUAGUGACAAUCGAUUUUGCCAACGUGCCAGAGGCCAUAUUCAUUCUCGAGAGCAAAUUGAAGAAUUGUGUGAAAUGUCAUUCGGAGAUUAUAAAAUUUCUAAAAAUGCUGCAAGCUUUUAGCGGUCCAAUAAUGUUCGUGCAAUGCAUCGAAACAUUAACUAUCCUCUGUUUAGUCUCAUUCGAAGCAUCGGUGAUUAAAAUUGCGAUUGACAUGGAAUCUAUCUUGAAAUUAUGGAAUCUGCUUGAGUACUUUUUGUGCGGUGCCUUUCAAUUAUAUAUCUUCUGUUUCUUUGCCACUCAACUUGAACAUUUGGGCUUGCAAAUUGCGCAUUCAAUGUAUUCUUGCGGAUGGGAGCUUAUAAUUUUUGAAAAAAAAGGACAAAUAGAUUUCAAAACACAGUUAAAACAACAACGUAGUGUUAGUCAAUUAAUACGAAUUAGUAUGGUGCGGGCACAGAGGCCGAUUGUUUUAACCGGCGGUCCAUUUUACGUUCUUUCAUUGGAAACUUUUAGAGUCAUAAUGGGUAUGGCAAUAUCAAAUUCUGUAAUUUUGCGAACAAUUUCUGAUACAGGUGAAUGAAUUAAAAUUAACAACUAUUAAUA